UGGGUAGUACAUGCAUCCCUAAAUCGGUUUCCGUCUUACAUGCAUGGCUACAAGUCUGCCUUGCAAAGUGGCUUCAGUGCCAGGAGGAUGGCUUUGGAGGGCGGAUUGAAGGCAGCUCGCAGAGGGGAAACACCCGCCAUUUGGGCACCCAGCAACCACCAAACCCGUGCUAAAAAUGCCUUCCUUGCUCUCCUUGCAAGGCUAGAGUUCAUAUUUAAGGAGUGAAUUGCUUCCCUUGGUCAAGGCACUUCUGUGCCACAAGGCUGCACAUCUCCUAACUCUGUCCAGGGGUGCAGAAUCUGGUUGCUGCUUUCCCCUGGAGAGGCAGACAUCCAGGUGGAUCCAUAUCAACCAGGUGGAUUCAUUCAGGUUUUCCGUCAGGUGUAUGAGCUGUACUGGCCCAUUCCAGACCAAGUCAUCCCGAAACAGCUACAGCUCAGGCAAUUCAUUGUUGCUGGGAAAUUCGUUCCUGAGGAUUGCAGUUCAGCCCAUGCUGAGGUGUUAGGCAUCCCCGUGAGCAAAACUGUUGGGGUGCUGUGCCCCUGCAGGCCCUGGGGCUGUCGCACCACUGACCCAUUGCAGAAUCAGGCCCUCCUUCCAGCCAAUGUCAGAGACGGCUAGGGGAAAAACACUGGAAAGGGAUGGUGUAAACUGUUGUAAGCAGGCAAUGAGAUCCUUGUUGACAUGGAGUAUCCCACACAAGUUCACCAGUCAUAAAAACACAACCACGUAAGGAGCGGACAAGAGGGGCCUGCCUUGAUCUGGAACAUGGUUUGCUAAAUUUUUGGCACUGAGUUGCUUUCCUCAUUUGACAUGUGCUGGAAAUUUGGGAACUGGCACAAUCUCUGCCCCCUCCCCCAGAGCUUUCAUUACUCUUCAUUUGCAUCAGAAUUGGAAAGAGGGAAAAUUUAAAGCAGGUUUCCCCAAUCUGGUGCCCUGCAGGAGUGCUGGAUUGUGAUUUCCAAUUAGAUGCUGUACUAUUUUAUUUUUAUUUUUUAUUUUUGUCACAUGAUUGUAAAACAAUCCCAAGGCGCUUGUAGUGAACGGUAUGUAAAAGCUUUUACUAAACAAAAUAAAAAUAAAUAAAUUUCUGGCAUGCCCCAGUCAGCUGCUUGUGAGAGUUGCAGCCCAGUGCGCUUUGAGAGCACCCGCUUUAAGAGAACUAAUGAGCAAAGGCCAGGAGAGCCGCCCUCCCUUCAGCUGCUCAGAGUCAGACUCGUCUGCAAAGCUGCACGGAAGAUCCAGAACGUAGGAGCCAGGACCGCCUUCCCCCGCCCCCCCUUGCGCUUCUGUGGCCAGCUUGUGAAGAACAAGGGAGAAGUCCCCUUGCUCCCAGCAAAGGCCCGUGCGGUUGCCGUCGGCAGCUUGGAACCGGGGCAGCUGACUCACCCUGUCCCGAGCAAGCAGGCAAGGCUGCCCCUUCCGUCCCGACUCGUCACAGGCUCACCCAGAGCUGAAUAAAUGUGACCAUAAAAGGUCUCUGUGCCACAAGCCUCUACCUUGGUUGGAACAAAAAGGGAAAGCCAAAAUAUGCACCCAUCCUGACUCAGAGCAAGUGUCCAGACAGAAAUGCUCUUGGCUUUCCUCCUUGACUAAAAGCAAGAAGCCAGCUGGUGAGGAGAGCAGCAUUAUUCUGCUUCCGCAACAGUCUAGAACCGCGGUAUUCAAACUGCAUUCCCUGGACCCCCAGGGUUCUGCGAGAAUCAUCCAGGGAUUCAACAUCUUUCUAGGGACAGGCCAGUCCUGGAGCUGAUGGCCAACCAUGUCCACCACUAACAACAUCGCUCAGGUCCGGAAGGUGGUGGAGCAGCUGCGGAUUGAGGCUGGGAUGGAGAGGAUGAAGGUCUCCAAAGCAUCAACCGAGCUCAUGAAUUACUGUGAGCAGCACGCCCGGAAUGACCCCCUUCUGGUCGGUGUUCCUGCCUCGGAGAACCCCUUCAAGGACAAGAAGCCUUGCACCAUCCUAUAACAGGACCCCUUCCCUCAGUCUCCUGGGCAGGGCACUGCCUGCUUCAGUCGGAAGCCAUGCAACUUUCAGCGAUCAGGGCUGGGCACCAAGGCCAAGCCAUUGUGGGCCUCCAAAGUGACCACUGGGGCAUUUGCAACCCAAAGACUAAAUCUAUAAGGAAAUCCGGU